GCACGUGGUUUCUCAGCACGACUAGAAAACUUGCGUGCACUGAACAGCGUAUGUAUUCAACUGAUCUGCACUGACCUGGUGAAUGGAAUUAGCAAAAAUACUGUGAGAUUCCUUAAACUUUGGCGUUCUCUAGACUGGACAGUAAGCGACAAAAGAAAUAUUCCCCCAAACUGGUCGCCGAAUCUCCCUAAACCACUCUCAAAAGACCUUCAUUGGCCGCGAAGGGGUCCCCGACAUCCUUAAAUUGUGAAAGGUGCUACAUUAAUGCACGUUCUUCCACUGCUGUCCUCAGUGAGGCCCUGGAAAUCUGUGGCUUUGAUUUGCCUGCUCCGGAUUCUGAACAGCACCCCAUCCAGCUGCCAAGGUUGAACCCUACCCAAUGUACCCACUGUACCUCAGCAUUUUAAAUUAAGGGCAGAAGUCUGCAAGAAACACCCAGCCAGACUUUUAGACACUCCCUGUGGAAAUCUCCCGAGUUAUUGUGAUUGCAUGACAUUAUUAUUCCCCUUGUGCAACGAGGCCAGUUCUAGCAUGCGUUACGUGAUGGGAACCUGGCAGUACACCACAGAGAUUUGUCAAAUCCUUGCAAUGCUCCAAGUAACCAACAGCGAUACAUUCCGGAGGCUUCGGACUUACUGUGGUCAACUUCAGCUGUCAGCUGUUACAAUGCACUUCCACUUCACCCGGCGUUUCAGCCUGAUUGACUGAAAUCCUCCAGAAGGGAUGGCAGGGCGCAAGUUGACAGGGAGAGACUGCGCGGCGAUUCCACAGACAUAUCCGGUUAGCUCUGAGUGCGGGACUUCUGCACCGUCCGCUUCAAAGCGCCUCUGCAAACCUCUCGCCCCGUGAAUAGGGAACAGCCAGCCCCGGGUGUGGAAACCAGGCAGAAAUAAUCUUCUGAAAAGUGCUUUGUGAAUUCGAGUGUUGCACAAGACACCACUCGAAGGUUGGUCUUCGAUCCCUCUUUAGAAAGUAAUUUGCAGAGAACUUAAGCGAAAAAAAUGCAAAUAAUUGAUUAUUUCGACUCCCCGGCUUAUAAGAGAUAAGCGGGUGCACUGAAUGCUCAAAGUUCAAGUCACGUGCUUCAUUCAAUAUAUAAAAGUGCCUUUUGAAGUGCCCUUUGCAGCCAGUUAGCGCUCGGAGUGAGAGACAACCCCAACCAAGCUGGUGCAACGUGUCCAGUACACAGCAGCUAAGCCGCUGCAAAGUCCGUGGAGCUCUGACAGUGGCACGUCAGGGAGGGAGAUGUCCGCUAUACGCUGCCGGUUGCCCUUCCUUGUCAUCUUCCUGGAAGGGAUCUUACUCGUGCUGAUUGCGCUUUUCGUGACUUAUGAUGAGCACACUGAUUCUGCAGCGCACAGCAAUGAGACAGAUCACCAAUACAAUCAGCUGUAUUCCAUCUUCCCAGUUUUUCAGGACGUCCAGGUGAUGAUUUUUGUGGGCUUUGGACUCCUGAUGGGCUUCCUGAAAAAGUACGGGUACGGAGGGAUUGCCUUCAAUUUUAUGAUUGCAGUGUUUUCCGUGCAGUGGGCUCUGCUGGUGCAAGGCUGGUUCUAUCACUUCCACGACGGCAGGAUUCACAUCGGAGUUUACAACUUGCUGACCGCCGAAACCGCUUGUGCCACUGUCAUGAUCUCAUUCGGAGCCGUGCUUGGCAAGACCAGUCCUGUGCAGAUCCUCAUUCUGUCUCUGCUGGAAGUGCCCAUCUUUACUGCAACCGAGUGGAUUAUUAUGGAGCUGCUCAAAAUCAAGGACGUCGGAGGGUCUAUAACCAUCCACUUGUUUGCUUGCUACUUUGGUCUCAGCGUCACCACGGUGCUUUACAGACCCGGCUUAAAAGAUGGGCACAAGGACGAGGGGGCGGACUAUAACUCGGACAAGCUGGCCAUGUUGGGCACUUUGUUGCUGUGGGUCUUCUGGCCCAGCUUUAACUCAGUUUUCGCUGCGAAUGGACACGGCCAGCACCGGGCGGUGAUCCACACCUACAUCGGCCUUAGCUCUUGUACCUUGACCACGUUCGCCAUCUCCAGCCUGUUGGACAAACGGGGUAAGAUCAACAUCGCUCACAUCCAGAACGCUGCCCUGGCAGGCGGUGUGGCUGUGGGCUCUGCAGCCGAUAUGAUGGUGACUCCAGCCGGGGCAUUCGCCCUGGGCUGCAUCGCCUCGGUGCUCUGCACCGUGGGAUUUAAAUACUUGACUCCCUUCCUGGCCAAAAAACUCAAAAUCCAAGACGUUUGCGGCAUCAAUAAUUUGCACGGGAUCCCUGGCUUUGUCGGAGCUAUUGCCGGAAUUGCCACUAUCCUGUUGACAACCGAUGAGAGAUACGGCCACGGCUUGUAUGACACCUUCCCGGAGCGGGUCCCCAAGGAAGGAGAUAUCAAGCUGGCCGAGCUGGUCGGGGUGCUGCCUUACCUGAAGGCUGGAGGUGGCCGCAGCGCUUGGGAUCAGGCACAGUACCAGGCGGCAGCUAUCGGGGUCUGUUUGGGCAUCGCUGUCUUAGGAGGGACCGUCACUGGCUUCAUACUAAAACUCCCCUUUCUGGCUCAGCCCAAAGACGAGUAUUGUUUCAAUGACGACGCUUACUUUGAAGUGCCCGAGGUGGAAGGGAAAGAAGAAUUCGAAUUUACCAAUAAAAACAGCGCGAACAAUAACCAGCGCCUUAAACUUCCGGUUUGAUUCCAAACUGCUUUUGUUGUGCGCCCGAACGUCGUGUCUGUACAUCAGUUUCCAGGACGUGCCUGAAUUUAGAAAAACACCUUGUGGUUAGCAUACGUUAUGCUAAUUGUCAAAUACUUUACCAGAUAUACUUAUUAAAGAGAAGCCUUUAACCUGAAUUGAGUUGCAAAUUACUGUUUCAGGAUCCACAACGCCCUAACUUCUUAUAAGUGAUUGAAAAUCAGGAUGUGCCCCAUUCCUCCAAAAUCAUUCACAACUCCUGCACAUUCUAUGAGCUUUGCAAAUAACACAUUACUCGGAAUGUGAAUCAGAACAUAUUUAUCACACUUGUUUAAAAAUGAUUACUGUAUUUUUCCACCUACAACUUUUCGGCGAAUGAGAUACAAAUUCACAAGUCUCGGGUACCUGCCUGUUAACACACAGUGACAUGCUAAUCAUUAAUGUCAGUCUCUGUCUACCAGCCAGGUCAAGUCUACACAGAUGAGCCAUUCAGCCAGUACUUGUGUAAGAGUGAGUUUUUAUUUUUCCUUUUUCUAAACUGCACACUAUAAGAUUUUAAUGAAGAAUUUUAGACAAGAUAAUAAUGAAAAGAAUUUUAUUUACUCUGGUUAAGGUCAUGAAUAGUUUUAAGAAAUUCAAAUAAAGUUGUUCAAACACAAUGAUCAAGAGUGUUCAGUAAUUUCCUGCGGUAAAUUAUUUUCCAGCAAUUUUUGUUUCAGUUUUAUUUUGAUCCAAAUCCAUAGCUUUGUCAAAGUUCUCACCUUUUCUCCCUCCUUCCCAAAUGGUACAGUUUCAUGAGAUCUUCUUAAAUAUUCCACAAACACACUAUUCUUAAUGUGAACACUAGUAUAAUGAAUGUUGACAGGUUGUUUAACAGCAUGGGGAGGGGAACUCACAUUCAUGCCAAAUCCUGUCAUCAUCUUGAAGUGAAACUAUUCAACUCAUUAAGAACUCAGCCAACUCAAUUACCCCUAGUACCUUCACUUCCCACCCACCCCAUAUACUGACAGAAGGCACUUAUUGCUAAGCAGCAGGAACCCUGUCCAAUUUGCCAACUUACCUUCCUGGCCAGUGGUCACUGGGACCAGGCAUAGAAUCUCAAUGACAUUCGAACUGAUGUCAGUGAUUGCAGCACAGACUGGAAUCAAAACACUUGCCUUCUUGUAUUUACAACACAGAUUUACUUUGCAUUUAACAACUGAGCCAACAAGAGGGUGCUUUCCUUCACUGCUUUAGUUUAUUUUUCAUUGGCGUCUGUUCCCCUUGUAUCCUGAAACUUCUAGUUCCAGCCUCUUAUUUUUGUGACCUUUAUUUCCUCUGUGAAGGUUGUGAACAAUUGCAGCAAAACAAGUCUAAAGUAUAGGUCAGUUCAUUUGCCUACUGAUUAUGAUUGACCUUUCAUUCUUUCCUCUUAUUUCUUCAGUUAACACUGUUUUCUUUCACUGUUGCAAUUCUUCUCUGGUUUAAUUCACUAACUCAAUUCAAGUCAGCUCUUUCUUCAGUUUCCAUUCACCCUACUUAACUGUUUCAACACAUUGUUAUUUUGAAACAACUUUUUGUAUUUUUAUAAAUACUGUAUCUUACUUGACAACCCCCUCAUAGUUCUGGUCCACCUCAUAUAAUUCAUUCCUAUCUAUGUAACUGUCUUGCUUUGCUCCUCAAUUUUGAGGAAGAAUCAAAAGGAUUUCUAAAGUUUUUAGUGUUUUUUUUGUAGUGAACACUUCUUUGUCUUAAGUUUUCCUUUUCAGAUGCUGACUUUUAUAUUUUCCUGUCACUUUUGUCCUAGUUCUAUAAAUUUCAGUUCUUCCAUACCAUCAGCAGUAAAUUAAAUUUAUUCUUCACCUCUUUCGCCACUUCUACUUAUUAUCAAGGCAAUGCUCAACCCUAUGUACAGAAGGUAGCCUUUUACAUAGCCCUCUUGCAAACCUAGCUAGGUUUUAUAUAUCUUGAAAGAUUGUUGGUCAGCUAAUUAUGGAAUCAUCAUACCUGAACUCAGAUGCCCUUUUCAUGCUUCUACACACACAAACUGUUCAACAUCCAAUUGCAACAGGCGUAAGAAUUCUGGCUUUUGUUUUUGUCUCCUUACUUAAGGGAUAUAGUUUAACUGUAGCACUCCAAUUACUUUCUCAGCUGAUUUAACAAAAUCAAGAAUUGAAGCUGAGAGCUAAAACCAGUGCUAGCUAUAUAAGUUGUCAUUUUUUUUUCUACUCUAAUUUUCAUCUUCUUUGUGAUGUUAUUUAAUGCCCUUCAGAAUGCUAUGAUUGAUCUUGUUUAACUACUCAUGGAGGUAAUGCAUUCCACUCUAGUAACUGUUCACACAAAAAGAUUAUUCUAAUUUCAAACCUUCUUAUCAUAGUCAUUACUACUAACUUACAAAUAGCAAAUCAAUAUUUUGCUUCUCGCACGUUUUCAAGACUUCAACGUCUUAACUUUCUUUGCUGUAAUGAACCUAGCACUUGUUUUCAGAUCUCACUUACAAUGAUAUCUUCUUAAUUAAUCAAUUUUGCACAUGACUUCGAGGCUCUUUCAAUCAUUGACCCUUUGAGCAAUGUAGAAUCUUUUCUUCUGUGCACUUCUUCCCGAAUCCCUUCUUGAGUCCCCUACUGCUUGUUUAAUUUGCAGAUUUUUUAAAAAAGAAUUUUUUGAGCUCUGUAUAUCACACUUGCAUUACUCUUUGCCCAUCAUCUCAUUAUCUGUACCCCCACCCCAGCACCUGACUUGCUACCUCAAGCUAAAAUCUCUUGGUUGCCUAUUCUUUGAUCUUUGUCCUGCAGCUUUCAUUAUUGACAGCUUUCACCGAAAAUCAUAAACUUCACCCCAGUCUUCCUUUAGAUUUUGUUGAGCUGCUGGCAUUCUCUUGGCAAACAUAAUUCCCAAAUCUAGAAGUUAAUGCGGAAGUAAUCUUGGACUUUAAAUUUAAUCAGACCUCCAACCCUUCUGGUUUUGCUAUGUGUCAAGGUUGACAGUCAAUUAUGUAUAAACACAAUCAAAUUCCUCCCAAAUUUUUAUGGAGUGCUGUUCUUUUAAAAAAAUGAGCACCAUUUUUCAUAAACCUCAGACUGUAUAGUUUUAAUGCAUAUGAAAUACCGACUUUUGUAUAAAAAUGGAUAUUGAAAA